CACUCCAAGACUCCUCACAUCAAAGACCCAACGAAUGGGAGGAGGAGGAAGACUCAAGUCUGCCCCACGAGACAUCUGCCCGGGUGCCUCCUUGCUGUGUGGAGGUGUGCAGUUGUUUGCAGGGGUCAGGAAAGAAAGGGGGUAAAAAUGAGGAGAGACUAUCUGACACACGCUUGGAGUGGCUAAAGGUUUUGCUAACAAGGCUUCGACUGCACAUGCGACUGCACAUGUGGAGAGUCUGGCAGGUAGCAACCGCACUGUGCUGCCCGUUAUUUAAAUUCACUGGAUGACGAAAUCAACCACCUGGAUCUCUAUGAUUUUUUUUACUUAAUUUGAGCAGCUGCUUGGAAAUAGGACUGAGCCAAGAUAACAUUUUCAACAUUUUAGACUGAACAAAAACAGCGAAGGAAAGCAGAAGAAUGGGUUUGUUACUGGAACACACAUCCCCUUUUUUCCACUUAAUUGAUGUUCUUUCCAACUGAUUUGCUUCCCUGAGUGUGAGUUGGAUAGCAGACUUUCUGAUUACCCAAAAGUCGAGACCUCAGAGGAAUACCAACUGGAGACUGAGCAGCUUUUAAGUCGAACAUAAGACAGAGGGAAAUCGGGGGAUUUCAUACAGGUGCUACAUAAUUUGGAUUCUGUAGGGGGAAGCUCUCACCCGGCGUGGACUGCGGAGGGCUCCCCUCCCUGCCCUCCUAGCCUAUCUGUGUCCCCAGCAGCAUGUCCCAGGCUCUGAGGCUGCCUCUAGUCCUCCACACAGCACACUACCAUGAUCAGAUGGGCUGCUGGAGGGAGUAAGGCUGCCUCGUCCUGCUCCAGGACUGACUUUGGGGCUCAUUCUUGUUCUGGGACCAACUUCUCCACACUGUAUUCCUCGUGGUCUCUGCCUCUCCUGCUAGCCCUGGUAGCUCUCGCUUUCACCCUACCCGGAACAGCCUGCCAUCAGCUCAGGAGAGACAGACCGAGGCUCACCGUACCGCAAAGCCACAUGGCUACGCUGAACAUUUCUGAAAGCGAGGCCGUCUACAAGCCUAGGGCCACCGGGGGACCGCAAGGGAGGCAUGUGCGCAGUUACAAUCAUCUGCAAGGGGACAUACGGAGGAGGAAGCUGUUCUCUUUCCAGAAGUUUUUUCUGAGAAUCGACAAGAAUGGAAGGGUCAAUGGAACUAAGAGCAAGGACGACCCUCUCAGUAUUCUGGAAAUCACAUCAGUGGACGUGGGAGUGGUGGCCGUCAAAGGGGUGCACAGUAACUACUAUCUGGCUAUCAGCAGGAAAGGAGAGCUGUACGGAGCAAGGGAAUUUGGCAUCGACUGCACCCUGAAGGAGCGCAUAGAGGAGAACGGCUACAACACAUACGCGUCAGCCGAGUGGAAGAACAAAAAGCGGCAGAUGUUUGUAGGUCUGAACAUCCAUGGGAGGCCUGUGAGAGGGAAGAAAACACGCAGGAGGAACACAGCCACCCACUUCCUCCCAAUUAUGGCAUGAUGAGCCCAGGGAGUCAAAUGGGGGGGGGGAGGACAAAAGGCAGCACUGGCUAAGUUCUCAAAAUGAAGACUUUGACAAAAGAAAUAAGGCACUAACACUGACAAAGAAGUUAAUAUUGUGUACUUUAUUUGAAGGAGAAGGGUAUGUCUGUGUUUGCUGUGGCACAGGAUGCAAUAUUGAUCUUUUUCUGUGCCAAAAAGCUGGAAAUCAAUGACGACUAUAGAGGUGGAUGCAGACAUAUGGGCAACCUUAUCAUUAAACACUAGAGAACACAAUACUUUGAUACUUAACACCCGUGUUUUUUUUGUUUGUACUGUAUGGAUUUAUUUAUUUUGUGUCUAUUUAACUGGAGGGGAACACUUACAAGCAUUCCUUUGCAUUCUUUACUUUUUAUAGGAUCUCUAUCAUGUGAAAAUAAAAAUAACAGU